AUGCAGAUCGAUCCGAACCACGAAGGACCCUACCCCCUCCUCCCCGUCGACUCCGAGACGUGCUCCCACCUCAAUUUCUCUGACACCGACGACAUCGCGCAAUGGUUCUCCACGGAUCUCACACUCAUGCACAACGUCAUCAUCCGCGCGCUGAACGCGAUCUGGCUCUACGCGCCGCUCGUCCUACCCGAGGACGAAAGUGCGUUCACGGGGUACGCGCUGGCGUGCGUAUCGAUGAUCCGAUGGCAUCAUGAUGCGCAAGAGAAUUUCGUGUUUCCGAGGCUGCAGAGGAAAGCGGAUAUGCGGCCGAAUGUGCUGCAGCAUUUGGGGUUUGACGCGCGUAUGAAGAGCUUUGAAGAGUAUUUGAAUAAGGUUCAUGAUCGAAGGGAGCCGUUUGAUAGCGAAAAGGUGAUUGAGCUAAGAAGAGGCUUUGGAGGAAAGUUGGUUCAGCACUUGCAUGACGAAGUUAGAACUGUCUCUCCAGCUCGUCUGUUAACGUUCAACCGAGAUAAACUGAAGAGGAUUGCUGACGCCCUUGACGACAACAAAACAGGUUUCCGAGAUUCGUCAACCCUCUUUCCCUUCAUCAUAACAGCGCAUAAUCAAGAACACGCGCCUGACUGGCCAGUGGUCCCAACCGCUCUCAAAUGGUUCUUGAGCCACGUUGGACUUCACUUGCAUCGCCAAUACUGGAUAUUCUCUCCCUACACCAUAGACGGAGAGUUGCAAAACUAUCCCCCACACAAACACGAAGACUGA